AUGCGCAUAUCAUUACCCCUCCUCAGUUCAUACACCUGGCUCAACAGCCUCAAAGCAUCCCAACUGCAGCGCAUCGCCCAAGCAGCAGGGAUCCAGUCCUCAGGAACAAAAGCAUGUCUCAUCACCCGGUUGAAGGAGGAACUGCCGCAGCCAGAACCCGAGAACCAAUUGAGGACAAGCACAGGCACAAGCACAAGUACAAAGACAAGUACUAUGAGUAUCCUGAGCAUCGACAUGGGGAUUCAGAAUCUCGCAUACGCGCAUCUCCUUGUCCCUGAUAGCAAUAGCAAUACAGCUACCGCUACCGCUCCGGCAGUUGUGAAGCUGAAUGCAUGGCGCCGGCUAGCUGUUUCCGAUGUAUUACUUGACCCCGAGCUAGGGACUGACCCUCCGGGAAAGACCAAAGAGGGAAGAAAAUCAACGCAGCAAAAGAAAGAGAAACACACGUUUUCUCCGGCCGAGUAUGCGCGCACGGCGUACGCGCUCGUCACGGGCUUGCUGCACGCGUACCGGCCCACCCAUGUGCUUAUUGAGCGGCAGCGGUUUCGCUCGGGUGGGGGCAGCGCGGUGCAGGAGUGGACGCUGCGGGUGGGUGUGUUUGAGGGGAUGUUGUAUGCGGUUUUGCAUGCGCUGGGGUGCGAGCGGCAGCAGCAGGGAGGAGCGGGGGCGGCGCCGGUGGUGCUGGGUGUUGAGCCUAGGCGGGUGGGGGCGUAUUGGGAGGGUCGGUUGGAGGUGGAUGGACCGAAGAAGAAGAAGAAGGCCUCGGCUAGGGAAGGGAAGAAGGUCAAGAUUAAUCUGGCGGGGGAGUGGCUGCGUGCUGCGAUGGUAGGCGUGGAGGCGGGCUCGGGCUCGGGCUCGGGCUCGCCGUUUCGUUUGUCUGUCGCGGAUGAUCCUGAGCUUCGGGCCCUGGUCGAUGCGUAUCUGCGGCGGUGGGCAGGCAAAUCGAAUCCUGGGACGUCGGUAUCGAGGGCUAAGGCCGAAGGGCAAGUUGCAGCAGAGGAUGACGGGGCUGUGAUUGAACCACCGGAUGUACGCAAGAUGGAUGACCUGGCGGAUUGUCUGGUUCAGGGAGUGACUUGGUUGGAAUGGCAGGCUAUGAAGCAGCGGGUUGCGACAGAGGGGGCGGAUGCCAUCUUGCAACCGGAGAGUGGAAAGCUUUGA